AUGUUGCCUGUUCGAGUUUUAUUGAUUCAGCAGAUGGAACGCGAAAAUCAAUUAAGGCAGCUUCGUGAAGAACACAGGAGGCUUCGGGAUAUAAGCGACCCAUUUUCAUUGCCAGAUAUCCAUUUUAUUCAUCUUUAUCGUGUCAACAAGGAUUUGGUAAACCAUCUAUUCCAAGAACUUCGCCAAUAUAUGGACAUAGCAUAUAGAACAUCUCGUGUGAAUUAUAAACAAAGAAUCCUCGUAGCACUAAGAUUCUAUGCUACUGGGAACUACCAAAGAGGCGUUGGCCAGGAGUAUCUGCUAGCUGUAAGUCAGCCAAUAGUUAGUAGAGCUGUAGAGGAGGUUUCCAGGAUUCUAGUACUUCACUUUAGUAAUAAUUGGAUUCAAUUUCCUAAUGCAGAGAGAAGAAAUGCAAUAAAGAGAAAUUUUUUUGAAUAUUGUGGGGUCCCAGGAGUAGUUGGUGCUGUUGACUGCACUCAUGUAAACAUUUUGGCACCUACACAAGAAGAACAUGCAUAUAUUAACCGGAAAGGUUAUCAUUCAAUAAAUGUGCAACUAAUUUGUGAUGAAGAUCUGAAUAUAUCUAAUGUGAAUGCAAGAUUUCCUGGUAGUUGCCAUGAUGCUUAUAUCUGGAGGCAAUCAGCAAUACGUAAUAUUUUGGAGCAGUUCUAUCUAAAUGGUGAGCAAAACACAUGGUUGCUUGGGGACUCAGGGUAUCCUCAAGAACCUUGGUUGAUGACCCCAAAUCUUGGAGUUUUACCAAAUACUCCAGGAGACAGGUACAACCAGGCUCAUGCUAGAGGAAGAAAUUGUAUAGAGAGGACUAAUGGAGUACUCAAAACAAGAUUUCGCUGCAUAUUAGGAGAACGGGGCUUAAGGCACAGUCCAGAAAAAGCAGCAAGCAUUAUCAAUGCCUGCUGCAUUCUUCACAACAUGUGUAUCAGAGCAAGAAUCCCUCUGGAAGAGAAUGUUGAAGAGGAUCCCAAUGGUCAAAUCAACAUUGAUGAACCUCCACCAGAUCCAGUUUCCUAG